AUCAGGUUAACUAGUUACGAAAAUGCCUAACUAGUUAACCUAAUAAUUAACUUGUUAAUUAUCAGGUUAACUAGUUACGUAACUAGUUAACCUGUUAUCACUUAUCUAUAAAUAGCAUUGUUUUGCUCCAUUGCAUUGAUACAAAGUCCCACUUAAGUCAUUGCAGACAUUAAAAGGGAAUACAUUUGUGUUUGGAGGCGAAAUAGAGGUAAAUAUUUUUAAUUUUAACAAAUAUAUAAUGAUUCUAAUGUUUGAUAUUGAUAAAAUACAUUUACAAUAAAUAUUAUCUAUAGUACAGUCACAAGUUUAUUUUCACUCAUAGGAUGCUUUGUGAAUACGGUUCCUGGUACAGUAUAACUGCGAUCCCUCGGGGUCGCAGGAGACCGAGCCUAAACUACGAGGGAACCGAUGUUUCGAACGACCCGAUUUUCAAUUCUCCGGUCUGUUAAGAAAUAUAUUGAAGUAUAUAUAGUAUGUUAAAAAUAUUCCUGACUGUACACCAUUUAAAACAUAUUUACUACAUAUGUUCAUCUGUAUAACCGCCUCCGUGGUCGAGGGGUAAGAGUCGAUGACUUCUAAUUCAGUAACCUCUCUGGCAUAGGUUCGAACCCUGAGAGAUGUUUUGGUAGUUUAGCGCCGAGGAAGGUAGUCUAGUACUGGUGUAACACUCCAGGAACAAUGGUUAGGAUAUUACCCGCCUAAAUGACUGAAAUACUGUUGGGAAAAUGCGUAAAAUGAAACAAACAAACAAACAAACUUGUUCAUCUGUAUGUCCGCAUUCCCCCCUGCCUAUCUGUAUUUUAUUUUUUACUCAGAUGCAAGCUGAUGCUAUUACCAGGGAGGAGAGGGUUGCUUUGUACUAUCACAGGGGAUUCACAAUCAAGGAGAUUGUUGGUUUUAUGACCUUACAACACGACACUAUAUUGAGUGAACGAACAGUACAUAGGAUUUUGAGAAGCCAGGGACUAUACAGGCGUCAAAACCAAAGCGGGUUACCAGAUGUUGUUGAGGCAAUUUUACUGGAACUUUCCGGAACCGGACAGAAUGCUGGAUAUCGUCAAAUGAGACAGAGGCUUUUGGUACAUCAUGGUAUAGUCGCAACUUGUGAAACUGUGAGGCUUGCACUUAGUGUAAUAGACCCAAGUGGUGUAAUGCUUAGACAGUCUAAAACACUCAGACGUCGUGUUUAUAGAAAUGCUGGCCCUAACUUUGCUAUACAUUUCGAUGGAUGGGAUAAGUUAAAACCUUACGGCGUGUCAGUGCAUGGUGGUAUUGACGGGUUUUCCCGACGACUGUUGUGGUUGAAAUGUUGUAACUCAAACAAAAAGCCUCAGUAUAUUGGUCAUUUUUAUUUGGAGUAUGUUGAAGAAAUUCAAGGCUUGCCACUGCGCGUGUACGCUGAUCGAGGUACAGAAAAUGUUAUUGUCCGUGAUAUACAACAUGCUUUGCAUUUCAUGGACCCGCAUCAGUAUUUGGGAUAUAGCAAUUUUGUGUAUGUGUCGUCCACCAGGAAUGUAAGGAUAGAACGAUUUUGGAGGACAUUACGGGACAUGUGUGGAAACACGUGGAUGAAUUUUUUUAAGGAUAUGUGUGACAUGGGGAUCCUAGAUACCACGGAUAACCUUCACCUGGAAUGUGUUAGAUAUUGCUAUUUUACUCUAAUAAGAAAAGAUCUCAAUGAUGUAAUGAGUGUGUGGAACUCACAUCGGGUUAGGCAAUGUCGUUUUGCUGAAAGUCCAGCUGGCAAACCGGACGUUUUGUUUUACCAGCCGGAACUGUACGGUGCUAGUGAUUUUUAAAGUUCCAUUGGCAAAUGGUUUGCAAGAAGUCAGAGAAAGGUUUUGUGAGAAUCCAUCCCAGAAUGGUGCAUCAGAAGAAUUUUUAAUUUUAGCCAGGAACGUAUUGACAGAGUUCGAUAUGGAGUACCCUGCUAGAAACAGACUUGAAGCCACGGAAAUGUUCAUUGCAAUAACUGCUUAUGCUGACUGCUUGUAAAAAUGAAAAAGUUUGUAAAGUAGAAAAAGUACUGUAUACUGUUGAUCUGGAACGAUUCUCUAUAUAAUUAAAGAGUUGUCUGUG